CUACAAUACAUGUACAAACUAACCUCAAAAUUCAAGACAACCAAGAACGAAAAACAAGAUCCAACGUUCUAUUCAUAUUGAAAGCAGAUUGUCAUUUACAGCUUUUUCUAUUAUAUUUUUGAAUUUUAUUUGUGAUUUAAGAUUCAGCGUAUCUGCUAGUUUGACUUUUGUGAAAACGAGUUGAGAUUUUCCUAAACCUUUGAAAAUGGCUUCUAUCAACGAUGAAAAGUUAAGAAUAAUGGAAGAUGAAAUGAACAGGUUCGAGGAGGAGAUCGGUCUUCCAAAUGCUCCGCUAGGCUCUGAGCCAUGCCAGGUGAUCGGCACGGGAACAUAUGACCAAGUUCAGAGGCAACUGGACAUGGAUGGCCCCCUGCCUCCACCUCACAUCAUACCUCCCCCUCCUCCGCCACCUCCCAUGUUCAUUCCUCAGCAGGUGCGCAUGGGUCCCCCCGGCCCUCCUAUGCCUGGAAUGGGACCUCCAAUGCCGGACCAGCGACCAGGCCACCCCGGGAUGAACUUUGUGCCCGGUCCGGGCCCGGGUCCGAUGGGGCCGUUCGGUGGCCCGAUGGGCCCGGGACCAAUGGGCUUCCGGCACCCAGGGCCGCCUCACAUGGGCCCCCCUGGCAUGAUGCCCCCUGGCCCCAUGUGUCCGCCCGGCCCGCCCAGACAUCCUGGGCACAUGCCGCCGCCACAUGGCUUUCCCAUGGGGCCCAUGUCUGCUGCGCCACCCAUCAUGGCCCCGCCCAUGAUCAGUCCUGCCGAGUACAAGUCGCCAAGUGUCAUAAAAAGCAAACCCGUCCCUGCUAAAGUCGUUGUCAGUGCCACACCAAAAUUGUACAUAUCUAAGAAGCCAACAACAGACAGCAAUGGGUCGGCACCAGUGAUUGGAGUCUCCGAAAUGCCACGUAUUGAGCCAUCUUCCGACGACGUGAUGAAAAAGGCGGCAAAAAAGCACACGCCGCAGAAGCCUGGAGGAGUUGUGGCGAAAGAAAUGGCAGAAAAAGUGAAAGCCAGCGCCAUUGUCUCCAUCUCAACAGAUGCGAGUGCUGCAACUGCAAAUGCCAGCAACACACAAACCAGCAAAAAGAAAGACAAAAAGAGUAAAAAGUUCAUUAGGACUGCUGGAGGCAACUCGUGGGAGGAUUCUUCGCUCUGCGAAUGGGAAGAAGACGACUUCCGGCUAUUUUGUGGUGAUUUAGGGAACGAUGUGACUGAUGAAGUGUUGAAUAGGGCUUUCAGUAAAUAUCCUUCUUUUUUGAAAGCGAAAGUGGUGCGUGAUAAAAGGACAAACAAAACAAAGGGAUUCGGAUUUGUUAGUUUUAAAGAUCCUCAAGACUUCAUUCGAGCGACCAAGGAAAUGAAUGGUCGUUACGUGGGAAGUCGACCAAUAAAGCUGCGGAAAAGUACUUGGAAACAACGCAGUCUUGAGGUGGUCAGGAAAAAAGAUAAAGAAAAACAAGCUCUCAUUGGACUAUUAACCGGAAGAUAGCUAGAGUAGAAACGAGGUUUGAUAAGUGAUUAACAUUUUGUCCAACCAAAUAUUUCGAGUGUAAAAAUAUGUUGUACAAUUUAGAUGUUUUGACAAACC